CCGCCGCCGCCCGAUGGCGGGGCCGCGGGACCGCCUGCCCCGCCUGAUGGUCGCGAUCCGGUCCCUGCUCUUCUGGUCCCUGGUCUACUGCUACUGCGGGCUCUGCGCCGCCGUCCACCUGCUCAAACUUUUGUGGAGCAUCGGCAAAGGACCCGCGCAGACCUUCCGGCGGGUCGCCCGCGAGCACCCUCCCGCGUGCUUGAACGACCCCUCUUUGGGGACCCACUGCUACGUGCGGAUCAAGGAUUCGGGGUUACGCUUUCACUAUGUUGCUGCUGGAGAAAGAGGGAAGCGCCUUAUGCUGCUGCUUCAUGGAUUUCCAGAAUUCUGGUACUCUUGGCGUCAUCAACUGAGGGAGUUUAAAAGUGAAUAUCGUGUUGUGGCUUUGGACUUAAGAGGCUAUGGAGAAACAGACGCCCCUAUUCACCAAGGAAGUUAUAAAUUAGACUGUCUAAUUACUGACAUAAAGGAUAUUCUAGAUUCUCUAGGGUAUAGCAAAUGUGUUCUAAUUGGCCAUGACUGGGGGGGCAUGAUUGCCUGGCUAAUUGCCAUCUGUUAUCCUGAAAUGGUGAUGAAGCUUAUUGUUAUUAACUUCCCUCAUCCAAAUGUAUUUACAGAAUAUAUUUUACGACACCCUGCCCAGAUGUUCAAAUCCAGCUAUUACUACUUCUUCCAAAUACCUCGGUUCCCAGAAUUUAUGUUCUCAAUAAAUGACUUCAAGGCUUUGAAACACCUGUUUACCAGUCACAGCACUGGCAUUGGAAGAAGAGGAUGUCGAUUGACAACAGAAGACCUUGAGGCUUAUCUUUAUGUCUUUUCUCAGCCUGGAGCAUUAAGUGGUCCAAUUAAUCAUUACCGAAAUAUCUUCAGCUGCCUGCCCCUUAAACAUCACAUGGUGACCACUCCAACACUACUACUGUGGGGCGAGAAAGACGCAUUUAUGGACGUUGAAAUGGCCGAAGUCACGAAGAUCUAUGUUAAAAACUAUUUCAGGCUAACCAUUUUGUCAGAAGCCAGUCACUGGCUCCAGCAAGACCAACCUGACAUAGUGAACAAAUUGAUAUGGACAUUUCUGAAAGAAGAAACAAGAAAAAAAGAUUGAUUGUUAUUUAUCUUCUAUGAGGGGUCUGUAAUGAAGUCUCUAAAUAAUUUUUAAAAAUUUAUUCACCAACUUAUUUAUGUUUUAUUAGGGAAAACUGUUUUAAUAUUCUUUAUCAUGAAUAAAUGAGAAAAUCCAAGAAUGUGUAAACAUGUAAUAUAUGUUGAUUUUCAUCUGUUGUAUUUUGCACAGAAAAGUGUCUGCCUUAAAAUGUAUAUACUUGUACAAAAAGAAAGUUGGGGAAAGUGGCUCAGUUUGGGUUUCUUGCUGUCUUUACCCUGUUAACUUAUGGUGCCUUUUACAAGUGUAUGUCAAAGAUGAGCUGUGCCAUUUGAAGAGGCAAAUCUGCAAUGGUAUAACUCUUCAUUUUAUUGUUUAAAAAUUCUUUUUACCAUUUUUUAACCAUUAAAAAAGUCUACUGUCAAAUAUCUGAGAUUUAUAGUAUA